CAACACGUACCAUUUCCAUACAGUCGCAGUUUCCUUUGCUAUCCUCUCCAACAGUUCAAGCCCAUAAAACACUCCUAAUCACCUAUUUCUUCCAACCUUAUCACCAUGAAGUCUUUCACCGUUGCCUCGGCUGCCCUCGCUCUCGCCAGCGGCACCAUGGCUACGCAACAAGCACAUUUCUGCUUCCAGAACGGACAAAACGGCUACAAUCUCACUGUUCCCGCCGAUGGCACCGUGGUCACUACAGAAAUCGAAGUGGACAUCAACAUCAUCAUCAUCGCCGACUUCAAUGCCCACGACAACUGCCACUUCACCUGGGGCGGGUCCGCGGCCAACACCCCGCCGACCAUGGAGUUCCAGGUGGGCCAGAACGGCGCGCAGCAGCUCGUCGUCGACCCGCCGAGCAUCAUCACCAGCCUGUCGUGCGGGGGCACUUGUAUUCCGACCUCGGCAAAGUGCUACGACUCGCAGUCUGGCCAGAAUCUGGGCACGUGCUGUGCGGGCUACUGCGAGAACGACGUCUGCAAAUCGUGGUAGAUUACUAGGUUGACUUUAUUGCCGCGAGUUGUGGCGGAGUCAUGGUUUGAUCGUAGGGACUAUGGAUAUAAUCAUGUUCUCGAGAUCAAGUUCGUGGU